UCAUGGAUGAAGAAUACGACGUCGUAGUGCUCGGAACGGGCCUCAAAGAAUGCAUUCUCAGUGGCCUCCUUUCCGCUGAUGGCCUCAAAGUACUGCAUAUGGAUAGGAAUGACUAUUAUGGAGGGGAGUCUACUUCACUUAACCUCAAUCAGCUUUGGAAGCGAUUCAGAGACUCUGACAAGCCUCCAGAGCAUUUGGGCUCAAGCAAAGACUAUAAUGUUGACAUGAUCCCCAAGUUCACGAUGGCAAAUGGCGGUCUGGUUCGCGUCCUUAUCCAUACUGAUGUUACUAAGUAUCUGAAUUUCAAGGCUGUUGAUGGUAGUUUUGUGUACAACAAAGGGAAGAUCCAUAAAGUACCAUCUAAUGAUGUGGAAGCUCUUAAAUCUCCCCUUAUGGGGUUGUUUGAGAAGCGUCGAGCUAGAAAGUUUUUCAUCUAUGUUCAAGACUAUGAAGACAGUGAUCCAAAGUCUCAUGAAGGACUGGACCUCAACAAAGUUACAGCAAGAGAUCUUAUUUCGAAGUAUGGACUUGAUGACAACACAGUUGACUUCAUUGGACAUGCGCUAGCACUUCAUCGCAACGAUACUUACUUGGACGAGCCUGCUUUGGAUUUUGUGAAGAGGGUUAAGUUGUAUGCAGAAUCUCUAGCACGCUUCCAGGGAGGGUCUCCUUAUAUUUAUCCCCAUUAUGGACUCGGAGAGCUGCCCCAGGGAUUCGCUCGGUUGAGUGCAGUUUAUGGUGGCACUUACAUGCUCGGCAAGCCAGAAUGCAAGGUGGAGUUUGACGAGAACGGGAAGGCGUACGGAGUGACCUCAGAAGGAGAAACUGCAAAAUGCAAAAAAGUUGUAUGUGAUCCUUCAUAUCUCUCUGACAAGGUGAAGAAGGUUGGCAAAGUUGCUCGUGCAAUAUGUAUUAUGAGUCAUCCUAUUCCACAUACCAAUGAUUCUCAUUCAGCUCAGGUUAUUCUGCCCCAGAAGCAACUUGGACGUAAAUCUGAUAUGUACCUGUUUUGCUGCUCUUAUUCUCACAAUAUAGCUCCAAAAGGGAAAUACAUAGCUUUUGUUUUGACAGAGGCAGAGACUGAUGACCCUCAGGUGGAGUUGAAGCCUGGGAUAGAUCUCCUUGGACCUGUAGAUGAAAUGUUCUUUGACACUUAUGAUAGAUAUGAACCUACAAACCAGAAUGAUGAUGACAACUGUUUCAUAUCUACUAGUUAUGAUGCAACUACCCACUUCGAGACCACUGUAGAAGAUGUUAUUGCCUUGUACAGUAAAAUAACUGGAAAGGCUCUCGACUUGUCUGUGGAUCUGAGUGCUGCCAGUGCUGCUGCUGAUUCAGAAGAAUGAGAUUUCUCACAUGGAGGGGGUCAGGAGACAUGAGCUCCAAGUCCAACAAUACCAUCUUUCAUUCUUAAGCUUUAAAAUCUUUUGUGGUGUUUCUUUAAAGUUUUUUAGUUUUGUAAUUUCUUCAACUUAUUUUGCUCCUUCUGCCUAAUUCUGCCUAAUUUGUUUACCAAUAUCAUGCACCAUACCACAACUAAAAGAUGUGGCUCUAUCUAUUGUUACUUGAUUUUGGUAUAUAUCAAAAGUUGGAAUUCACUGCUUGAAUAGGCUAAUAGUUACUCCAACUGUUCUUGAGUGUGACCUUGCAAGGACUCAUUUCCAUUUCAAAGUAAAACUGUUCAUUGUGACUAAACAACCUCAUGAACAUGAGAUUUUACUUGACUGUAAAUUUCAUGUGCUCUGGAGACUAAGAUCAUUAAGGUAAGGGAAUAACCCCUGGACUA